AUGAUUGAAGUAGAAGAUAUCAUGAAAGAAAUAAAUGCUACAGGAAAUACUAAUGAUAAAACAAAUAAUAAAGCUAAUGUUAGUAAAAAUAAUGGCCUUUCCAAGAAACAACGAAAAAAGCAAAAUAAGAAAGCUAAGACAAUAAAGCCAAAUAAUAUUGAGGAAGAUAAACAAAAUCAAGAAAUCGUUGAAGAGAUAAAUGAUGAUGAUUUGGAUUUGGACGGAAAAUUAGUUGAAAAGAAUAGCAAUGAAUUGGACGAGAAUAAUUAUAACAAUGAUGAUAUUGAAGAAGAAAAGGACUGGAAAAUAAAUAAAAAGGAUGAAAAGAAAAUGAUAAAGGAAGAGAGGAAGAAAAUUCGAGAAGAAGAAAAUUUGAGGAAAUUAAAAAUAAAAGAGGAAGACGAUAUUAAAUCAUUAUUAGCUAUGAAUAAUAGCAGCAAAAUGAAUUUAAAAUAUUAUUUAAAUAAUAAAGAAAUGGAAAUAAAAAAUAAUUUGGAAAAGGAAAGAACUGAAGAAUUGGAUGAAGAAAAAAUGAAAAUUCUAAAUUGAAAGUAGAAAAAA